GUGACGAUAGGUGGAGGCGUUGGGUGGAGGAUUGGCGUUGGUGGCUGCUGGUGGAGUUUUCCUUGUUCUGACAAAGGGUUUUCGACCUGCUUCUCUUUCCAUUGACACUGCCAAAGUUUUUCCAGGAUUUCCUGUUUUUUAUUUCAACUGUCCAGUGAAGCAUAUUGGCAAGUUGAGAAGAGUUGCUCAAAGAGAGGGAAGAAAAACUGGGUCUGACUAAGAAACCCAGCUAUUCCUAUUGUGAUGUAGACUAGGAAAAUGACAGAAAACAAAGAUUUAGAGGCAGAGAUACAUCCUCUGAAAAAUGAAGAAGUCAGAACUCAAGACUCAAAUGAAGCUCCUGACAAGCCCAAAGAAACCAAGUCCAAGAAGCUUACAAAAUUUGGUCAGCUUUCCCAGUGGAGAACUGCUGCCUUUUUCUUGGUGUUAUUUUUAUGCCUGAUUGUGGUAUUUGCAUUUUCCUUCAUAAUUCCUUGCCCAGUGCGGCCUUCAUCACAAAGGGCAUGGAUCAGAACAUUUGAAAAUGCAGUAACUUACCCUUUUCUCACACUGUGGGAUGCGAACAAAGACAAAGUUGCAGAUGUGAUGUUUGUAUUCAAGGAUUCCAACAACACUAACAAUGGAUCAUGUGUAUAUGAGGAGGGCCUUUCUAUUCCUUGUGCACACUUAACUCUUCUCUCUGGAACAAAUGGGAGUCUCCUCUGGAAGAGAGCUAUAGCAGAGGAUAUUCAACACGUUCAAUGUGGGGUACAAAAUCUCAGUGGUACAAAGUCUUCAGGGUGCCUAGUUAUUGGAAUCCCUCAUUAUCUUACUGCAAUCAGUUCUUCUGGAGAAACAUUGUGGAGACUCAAUACCAGCCUUGCUGCUGACCUUUCUGUGAUUGGUCCUGCACUGGUACUUCCAGAUCUGGAUGGUGAUGAAAUUGGAGAUCUUUUGCUGUUUUUUGUACCUGAUGAUCAGGGUACCUCUGUUAAUAAGUUGAUCUUCUUGUUAAUAUCUGGAAAGAGCGGAGAUCCCAUUGGUCAAAAAGUGUAUCACAAUAUUACCAAAGGUUUAAUGCCUUCCAGUCCGUUGAUUCAUAUUACCAAUACUGGAGCCUACUAUAUUCUCUUUAUUCAAGGAAAUGUGCAAGGAGUGGCACUAAAAGAUAUUUAUGCUCAAGCAACUGGACUACCACUUUUAACAUCAAAACUAAAUCCAAUAUUAAAGAAAUCAGAUCCCGAGUGGGAGAAAAAGACCGAUACCAUGUCUGGAAUGGUAGAAGUAUACCGCUCUAAGACAACUAAAUAUCUUCAGCAGGUGCAGGUCCCAGGAAAGAAAGCUGGCAAACUGCUCAUCAGCACAAAUGAUGCAGUUGAGCUUUUGGAUGGACAGAGCUUGCAGACCUAUUGGUACCAUAAUCUGUCUCAGAUUCAAGGGGUGCCGUUACCUGGUUAUUUUAACAUGGAUGGUGUAUUUGAUUUUCUAAUUGAAGAUUUAAUUGAAAAGGACAAAAAGAAGGUUACUAUCGUGGAUGGUAAAAGUGGCAAAAUACUAUGGGAGGAAGAAUUAAUAUACAGGGAGAACUGUCCAAAACCGUCUUCCGUCAAUACUAUAUCCCGGUCAAUUUUUCUUUUCUGGGGUGAACUUCCAACACAAAGCAACGUUUCUUUGCUGGAAAGUUUCUCUGAGAAAAGUCAUAACCUCUAUAUGGUUCAUCCAUCACACCCAAACGUUAUUCUGGAGUUAAAAAAUAGUACUGAAAAUGUGGUUGCAUCCACCACUGCCUUAUUUGAACAAAGCAGACAUGCUGGGAGUGUACUGUUGUUGGGGCAACCUUUGGGGAGCAAACCAGGACUUUUGAAGAUCAUCAAACAAAAACUGAAAGACCUCAUUUAUUUGAGCAGGGUUAGACGUCUAAAGAAAGGACAUGACGACUUUGGUGAUGAUGAACUUAGAGAAUAUUUCCACAGAAUGAGAUACAGCAGCUAAUGAUUUUUAUUAAUGAAGAAACCUGUCUGAACAAUGAAGCUUCAAUGCAUCUUUGAAGAGAAUUUUGGAGAAAAAAGUUUCCAUUUUUAAACAGGUCAAUUGAUUUAUAAAGGGAAAGAAUGAUUGAGAAAUCAAGGAGCCCUAAUUUGUGAUUAUAUUGUGGCAAUGUGCCAUCUUUACCAAUGAAAUAUUUCUGCAGCUGUUGCUGAAAAUAUGCCAAAUUACCUUAAGUGAUUGAUUGACAGUAUUGAGCAUGUUUCAGAUGAAUAUUUUAACAUGUGGGAAAAGAUCUCUAAUACAAUUUAUCAUUCUUUAAUGGGCAAACUAUUAUUCAGCAUACAAACUACAACAAGUUAAACUAAUGGCUGAAAUUGCAGAAACAAUGCAUAGUAAUUUUUCUGCCUUGGUUGGCUGCAAUAUUUUUGUCAGAGUCAUAAAGUUAUAGUUUUUAAGGCUCAUUCCAGAGCUAUGAACAGAUCAUUCAUGUUGGCAUGUUCAAUCAACUCUGGUGACUGUUGUGCCAUUUUUUUGGAUGAAAUGUUGAAUCUGCUUUCUUAGAUGAAUUAAAAUAUCCCAUGGCAUUACUGGAAAGCAGAGCAGUUCACUCCAAUGUACUUGCCAAUGUUUAUUCUUCAACAAAUAAAAGAUAAUUUGGAUAUUUUUAAGUUAUUUAUUUCAUUGUUGUUUCUGAGAGCUUGCUGUAUAAAUUGGCUGCCUUAUUUCCUGUAUUACAUCUGUGGGCACACUUCAGAAAUACUUCAUUGGUUAUAAGCACUGUAUAAUUUCCUGAAAUCAUGAAAGAUGCUGCUUAAUUGUUUUUCUUCCUUGAUGAGAAACAGGAAUGUUGGUGAAAACAACAGAAAAAAGAUUGUUUUAAGGUCACAAAGAAAUGAAUUGUUGCUGUCUGCAUGAACUUUCUGCUUAAGGUUUUAAGUUAAUAAAUUCAAUAUUUUAAUUAAGGUUUAA